AUGUGUAGUCGAGGCCAUUGGAGACCAUCAGAAGACGAGAAGCUCAAGGAUCUGGUCGAACAAUAUGGUCCUCAUAAUUGGAACGCCAUAGCCCUCAAGCUCCCUGGUCGAUCUGGUAAGAGCUGUAGAUUGAGAUGGUUUAAUCAAUUAGAUCCAAGAAUAAACCGAAACCCUUUCACGGAAGAUGAAGAAGAAAGACUUUUAGGAGCUCAUCGGAUCCACGGGAACAGAUGGUCCAUCAUUGCUAGGCUUUUCCCUGGAAGAACCGACAACGCCGUCAAGAACCAUUGGCAUGUCAUCAUGGCUCGACGCACACGUCAAACCUCCAAGCCUCGUAUUCCUCCAUCCACGACUUCUUCUUCUUUGAUGGCGACUGAACAAAUCAUGAUGGGCUCUGGUGAUAGGAAGAGAAUACUUGGAGACGUUGUUAAUUACCCUUACCAGUUCUCACAUAUCAAUCAUCUUCAAUUCCUCAAGGAGUUUUUCACCGGAAAGAUUGCUUUACAUACCAAAGAAAAUCAGAGUAACAAGCCUAUAGAGUUCUACGAUUUUCUACAAGUAGAUAUGGAUUCAAACAAGAGCGAGGUUAUUGAUCAAGAUUCAGACCGAAGCAACCUCAAUGACUCGGACAACAAAAACAGUCGUGUUCCUUUCUUCGACUUUUUGUCUGUUGGAAAGUAAUCUGCUUCCUAGCUAGGGUUAUCUCGUUUGCAGUAUAUCUGUAUAUGUACACAUAUGUAAGUCCCAACUUUCUAGCUUAGCUUCUCAGUCCGUAUACGUACGAGCCUUAAGAUCGAUUACAUGUAUGUUUGGCGUAUAAACCCACUAAAUAGUGA